AUGGGCAGACGCCUGUCUCGGUUUGCGGACGGGGGCGGCCGCCGUGAGGCUGAGGCUGAGGCUGUGCGGAGGAGCCCGGGGUCCCUGUGUGUGUCCGGCUGUGCCGAGGAGGAGGAGGUGGAGGAGGAGGUGGAGGUCGGCACUGAUUUGGGCAUUAAAUCAGAAUCAGAGAACUGCAACGAGAUUCUAUCGUCUGAGGAAGAGGACGGGAAUAUUUCCGAAGGGAAAACUAUCUUGAACGACCAGGAGCAGUGUCAGAAGAGAACCAUAACUCAGAUCAUCAAGGACAAGAAGAAGCAGACACAGUUGACGCUACAAUGGUUGGAAGAAAAUUACAUCGUAUGUGAGGGCGUGUGUUUGCCCAGGUGUAUCCUCUAUGCACAUUAUUUAGAUUUUUGCAGAAAAGAAAAAUUGGAUCCAGCCUGUGCAGCCACAUUUGGAAAGACAAUACGCCAAAAGUUCCCUCUACUCACCACCAGAAGAUUAGGAACAAGAGGACAUUCUAAGUACCAUUACUAUGGAAUAGGCAUAAAAGAAAGCAGUGCGUAUUAUCAUUCAGUAUACUCCGGAAAAGGCUUGACAAGGUUUUCUGGAAGCAAGCUAAAGAAUGAGGGAGGUUUCACUCGGAAAUAUUCCCUCAGUUCAAAAACGGGAACCUUGCUACCAGAGUUCCCCAAUGCCCAGCAUCUUCUUCUUCAUGGGUCUAUUUCAAAGGAAAAGGUAGAUACUCUAAUAAUGAUGUACAAAACUCAUUGUCAGUGCAUCCUGGACAAUGCAAUCAAUGGGAACUUUGAAGAGAUUCAGAACUUCCUCUUGCACUUCUGGCAAGGGAUGCCUGACCAUCUUCUCCCAUUGCUGGAGAAUCCUGUUAUCAUUGACAUAUUUUGUGUGUGUGAUUCCAUACUCUAUAAGGUUCUAACAGAUGUGUUGAUUCCAGCAACAAUGCAAGAAAUGCCAGAAAGUUUGCUGGCAGACAUUCGGAAUUUCGCCAAACAUUGGGAACAUUGGAUAUCUACAUCACUGGAAAAUCUCCCAGAUGCCCUUUCCGAUAAGAAGCUACCCAUCGCACAAAGAUUUGUGUCAUCAUUAAAACGGCAGACUUCAUUUCUGCAUCUCGCCCAGAUUGCCCGGCCUGCCUUGUUUGACCAGACUGUGGUGAAUUCCAUGGUGGGUGAUAUUGAAAAGGUGGAUCUGAACAGCAUCAGUUCACAGGCCCUUCUCACAGUAUCGGGUGGAACAGACCAGGACUUUGAACUGUAUUCUGAUUAUGACUCUGUUACAGUGUUUCAAGAGCUGAAGGACCUGCUAAAGAAAAACGCCACUGUGGAGUCAUUCAUUGAGUGGUUGGAUACAGUGGUAGAGCAACGGGUUAUCAAGCCAAGUAAACAAAAUGGAAGAUCACUGAAGAAGCGAGCCCAGGAUUUUCUUCUGAAAUGGAGCUUUUUUGGGGCCAGAGUCAUGCACAACCUUACUCUCAACAACGCCUCAAGUUUUGGUUCCUUUCACCUGAUCCGAAUGCUGCUGGAUGAAUACAUUCUAUUAGCCAUAGAGACACAGUUCAACAAUGACAAAGAGCAGGAGCUACAGAAUCUGCUGGACAAAUAUAUGAAAAACUCAGAUGCUAGUAAAGCAACCUUCACAGCAUCUCCCAGCUCCUGUUUCCUUGCAAACCGUAAUAAGAGUGGGCCGCUGUCCAGUGACCCAAUGGUAAAGAAUGAAUCUCUGGUCGAGCAGACGUAUAACUCUUUAUCAGCCGGCCAGCACAACCUGGGCUCUAGUAUGACUCCAUUUUCAAGUACUGAAAACAACAAUCUUCAAAUGACAGUUCCAAUGGAGCUUUCUCACAAUAAUGGCCAUGUGAUAACCCCACCUAUGUCUCCUGCUUUGGGCAACAGAGGAAGUGUAAUCAACCAAGGACCAAUGGCUGUAAGAUCUCAGAAUGCCAGCUCAGCGUUAUCCGUUCACACACAUUGUGCCCCGUAUCCUGACCCGCUCUACCAGACAUUGUCCCAGCCCAACCAAAACUAUUACGGCACUGGCUCCAACUACCAAACCAUGUUCAGGAACCAGACCCAUGCCUCCUCAGCGGUCUACCAGCACAGAGCGGACCCCAGUCGUUACACUUCUUUCAAUGAACAACCAGUUUGCAGGGAUUACUUCAGCAGCAGCUGUGCCGUGUCACCUUAUAGCUCCAGACCUCCCUCUAACUUUGGGGCAUCUUCAAACCCACAGGAAGCACACAACAUGCAUUUGCUGAAUCCAGGCACCUUUAACUUUCUGGGGAAUUCAGCUUCUUGCCAAGGAACAUCCUAUCCUUCGAAUAGCUCUAAUGGAUACUCAGGAUAUGGCAAUAAUAGCUACCCGGAAUCCCACAGACUUGGGUCCAUGAUUGACCAGCACGUUUCUGUUAUUAGCAGUGUUAGCAGCAUUCGCUCAGUUUCUGGUUACAGUGACAUCCAUGAUCCACUCAACAUUUUAGACGACAGUGGAAGGAAACAGGCGGUACCGUUCUACACAGAUUCAUCUACCUUAGUCUGUCAAGCUCCUGUAGCUUCGAAUAUGCAAAGUGUGAUUUCUUCAUCAUCGUCCCAGUGCAUGUAUACCAUCUCAGGUCAAUACCAUUCCCCAGAUACAGUGGACACACAUAGACUGCCUGGUGAAGUGAGGGACAUGGUGUCAUCUCUACCCCCAAUCAACACAGUCUUCAUGGGGGCAACAGCUGGAGGAACAUAAAGUUUUGCUUGACUCUCUGUUCCAUCUUUAAAAACUAUGUUUAAAACCCCUAUGGAUUAUGUUCUUUCAAACAUAUCAAUGAAAUC